UAGUGCAAAAUCCUUCUUAGAGCUAAAAACUAAUUAAUUAAUUAGAAGAAAAGAAGCAAGAGUACUGUAAUUGUCAGGCGGUCACAACAUUCUUAAGAGGCCAAGGCGCUGGCCAGGUGACAGUUCCUGAUUGGACCAUGCUCUCUACUAACUGCCCAUAAAAAACCCUCGCCUUCUACCGGCACCGGUAAAUGCAGGUCACCUAUAAAUAACCAACUACAGAAGAAAGGUUUCUCUCUCAUCCCACACAUAAAGCUUUCAAAUAGAGCAGAGGGAAAGUACAACUGCACGAAUCAAGAGAAGUUAGGAAGUGCAGACUCUGAAGGUUGCAAGAUUCUUUGGCGAGCAAGAUUGAUCAUGGCUUCCUCUAAGGAUCGUGAGAAUUUAGCAUACAUUGCCAAGCUUGCCGAGCAAGCCGAACGUUAUGACGAUAUGGUGGAUUGUAUGAAGAAACUUGCGAAACUUAAUGUUGAAUUGACUGUUGAGGAAAGGAAUUUGUUGUCUGUUGCGUACAAGAAUGUGAUUGGUUCAAGGAGAGCAUCGUGGAGGAUCUUGUCGUCAAUUGAGCAGAAAGAGGAUUUAAAAGGAAAUGAAGCAAAUGGCCAACGAAUCCAGGAAUACAGGGAGAAGGUGGAGUCAGAACUAUCAAAAAUUUGCAGUGAUGUUAUAGUAGCAAUUGAUGAGCAUCUAAUACCAUCUUCCACGGCCGGAGAGUCAACUGUUUUCUACUAUAAAAUGAAAGGAGAUUAUUACCGGUAUUUGGCAGAAUUUAAGGCUGGUGAUGAGAAGAAAGAGGUUGCUGAUCAGUCUCUAAAAGCAUAUCAGACAGCUUCUACAAUGGCCGAGAAAGAUUUACCUCCUACUCAUCCUAUCCGGCUGGGUUUGGCUCUUAAUUUCUCUGUCUUCUACUAUGAGAUCAUGAACUCUCCUGAGCGAGCCUGCCACCUGGCAAAGCAAGCUUUUGAUGAAGCUGUUUCGGAGCUGGAUUCCUUGAGCGAAGAAUCAUACAAGGACAGCACUUUGAUUAUGCAGCUAUUAAGGGACAAUCUCACCUUGUGGAAUGCUGACAUCCCAGAGGAUGGAGAUGAUCCCAAUCUUGAAAAUUCUGAUAAAGAUGCAGAGUGACCUGAGGGAGCCUCCUUAUAAGAACCUGAUGUAUGAAUAACUGAAGAAAGAUAGAUACGAUUUUGGCUCUCUUUUCUGUUUUGUUGGUCUAAUUCCCUAGAUGCUAUCUUUUCCAUCAUGUGGUGGUAUCAGUCUGUUUCUUAGUCUUCAUUUAGGCAGAGACUGUGGGGCUAUUCAGUGAGUUACCUGCAGCAUUGAUCUUUGGUCGUUUCAAUUGCCUUCUUCCAAUUACUUUCUUUGGCAUUUACAUUAUGUGCCAUUCUAAAAAUUGGAUACAGGUGUCCAUUAGAGUACUGAGGUCAGUGGAAGGGAGGCUGGUCUAUGUCAGAUUUAAGAUUUUAGUGUAGCAUUAAACCCUCCAAUUUGAAUUCCAAUGCAGCAUUUGAACGCACAAUACAUGUCGUUUGCGAAGUAGAUCCUUGUGAUUGCUCAUUACCGUUUUUGAAUCUUUACGUGUAUUCUUUCUAUUUGACACCUUUACGCGUCUAUUUUAGGAA